GAAUGAUCUUCCCACCUGGCCGGGCAGCCCGGGACCCUGAUCAUCCUCCCACCCGGAGGGACAGCCUGGGACCCCCUGGGAGAACCGACGCAUGAACGAUCUUCCCAGCCUGGCGAGCGGCCGGGGGCGCGCUGGGGUCGGGGCGCGCGGGGAACCCCAGGCCCGGUGCGCGCCGUGGUCCACGGUGGCGGAGCCGAGAGCAGCCCGGGGCGGCGCCCACGAGCGCGGAGGAGCCGGUGAGGCCUGGGUGACAGAGAAGGUGCUUUUCCUACUGCAUCCAGAGAGAUGCUUGGGGACCCUCCAGGACCCUGGCGGGGAGGAGCCGGCCCGCGGCGCAGACGGGGACGGCGGCGGCCACUCCGCACCCCUCGGGGCCCGAGUGCGCACUCCGGACAGCCGCGAUGCAGACCCCGCCGGCCGCGCCCCCCUGCCGCACCCCGGCGCGCCCCCGGCCACGUCGGUGCUCGUGCGGGUCGUGGAUUAUCAGGUGACGCAGGAAGUGCUGCGCAGCGCCUGGACCCGGGGCCAGAUGACCAGGCUCACCGAGGAGCGCUCGGUGACCUCCGUCACUUUCCGCACCCGCAGGGAGUGA